AUGACCAACUGGAAUAGUCCGGCAGAACUCGUACGAGAUACCGUAUACCUACAGACGACUCUGCAUGUAUGUUGGGGCUGUGCGAUCUGGGAAUAUAUCUCCAAUUUUGACUAUGAAUGGGACGUCUUAAGAGGAACGAGACCGUACCGCUGGACUAUCUGGGUCUAUUCAUGGUGUAGACUAUCUAUGCUAGUGGGGUUCUUGCUCCUAAUCGCGGCUAUGGAUGGAUGGUCAAGUCGCCAUUGUACGGCCAUUUAUGCGUUGGCUAUGGCUACAUCUUACGCGUCUCUGGCGCUUGCAUCUCUGCUCAUUGUCCUACGCAUAGUUGCUAUCUGGGAGAAACAGAGUAUAGUUAUCGUAGCCUCUUCCGCCAUAUGGCUCAUUGGCGUGGCGCUGAACAUCCGUGAUGUUACUCUGCUCCGAGCGUCGUAUAGCGUGAUCUACAAGUCAUGCAUACCCUUCGAUACCAACAAGUUCCUGCCCAACUCGAUUGGCAUCCUUGGAUCGGAUUUUCUGCUAUUGGCCUUGAUGCUCGUCGGCAUCCUGCGCAAGCGAGGGGCCUCGCAAACGGGAAUAAUCCGAGUCCUCUACCGUCAAGGAGUGAUAUGGCUGGUUGUCGCUGUCCUCGUGGAGGUACCGGUUGUCGCAUUCUGUAUCUUGGAUAUCAACGAACCCCUCGUUCUUAUGUUUCAACCAGUUGAGCUAGUGUCACUAGGCAUUUGCGCGGGUCGCAUGUACCGCGGGUUGAUGGACUAUGCCCUCAGACCGGGAUACAGAUCUUCUAUCACAGAACUUACUUCCAUGCGUUUUUCGACUCGCAUCACGUUGUCUGCACCGUCUCGCGAAACCUUCUUUACGGGAUAA